AUGUUAUGGUCAAAGCAUACACUUAAAAAUUCUAAAAAAUUUAUGCAUACAAUGGUACAGGAAGAUUAUGAUGCAUUAAAAUAUCGUAAAUGGAUUCAAAUAAAUCAAUCAUCCAAUGAUGAUGAUAACAACAAGAUAUCAAUCAUGACAUAUAACUUAUUAUCAAGACACUAUAUAUGGAAACUGGUAUAUGAACAAAAUAACCCCAAACAUUUAAAUUGGUCAAAACAUAGAUUUCCACUAAUCAACAAGACAAUAAGACAACUAAAGAGUGAUAUAAUGUGUUUUCAAGAAAUGGAAUAUUAUAUAUAUAAAAGAUUUUGGAGUAAAAAAUUUCCAAAUGAAAAAUACAAGAGUUUUUAUAUACAAAAAUCAUCAACUCAAUAUUAUACAAAUGAAAAUACUGAUGGCGUGGGGAUAUUUAUAAAUACUGAGAGAUUUGAUAUUUUGGAAAAAUUUGAAAUUAAUUUUGGCAAAGAAAUACUAGAUCAUAAAAAUAAAUACGAUUUGACAAAAGAUUUAGUUGGAAGAGUGAUACCGAGAAAUACAGUUGGAUUAAUUUUAAAAUUGUAUGAUAAAGAAUCUAAUAAAAUUCUAUAUGUUACAAAUACUCAUUUGUAUUGGUCACCUAAAUUUAAUGAUGUCAAAAUUUUACAAACAAAACUAUUACUAGAUAAGUUAAAUUCGUGUAGAAAAGAACAAGACUCAGCCGUUAUCUUUUUGGGAGAUCUAAAUUCAAACUUCAAUUCUGACGUUAUCAAAUUAUUAAAAGAAGGACAACUUGACACAACUACUUCAAUAGAAUUUAAAACUCAAGAGUAUGGUAUAAAUAACGCAUUGAUUAAUUCAGAAGCUAUAAUAGAGAAUCCUUUCAAUCUACAAAAUGUUUAUGAAACCUUGUUUGCAGAGUCUAAAUUACAUUUUACAAGUUUUGUAAGUAGAUUCUCAGAUGUAGUUGAUCAUAUAUUCAUUAGUGAUGAUAUUGAAAUUAAUAAAGUACUAGGAGAAGUUGAUCCAAAAUAUUGUGCUAAUAAACAAGUUAAGGGAUUUCCUAAUGGUCAAUUUCCAUCUGAUCAUAUACCAUUAGUUGUAGAAAUAAGUUAUAAACGUAAUAAUAAUAGAUAA